UCUAAUGUUCACCGGCUUCUCUCUCCGCCCUCUACGGCCGGAUAUUUGACAAAUUUACAUAUCCGUCGCGUAGUUUGUCAUAGCAGCUAGCUCAUAUAUAAUGGCACCUACUACGACCACCAUGACACAACAUCUUCGCCAUGCAAAUACUAUUGGCGAAGAUGUUGCGUCCGUUGACAUUGACCUUAUUUGGCCAUUUGAAAAUAUUGACGGUCUUCAUCGUGACCAUUUCCGCAACGCGGCUUACGAGAUAUUCUUCACCGCAUGUCGGUCAUCACCGGGGUUUGGGAGUAGGACGGCUAUCUCAUAUCAUAAUCCAUCUGAAGGAGGAGAUGGAAGCGGGUCCGGGGCUGGAUCUACCAGCCCCGGAUCACCGGUGAAGCCAUCUGGGGUAGGGAUGGCCGUGACUAGCAAGGUGAAAACCAUGCUAGGGUUGAAGAUGUUGAAACGGUCACGUUCACGAAGAGCUAGCUCUUAUGGAGGCAACCCCUCGUCCCCCGGGGGCGGUGCUAGCCCCAAGGUGGGAUUCACCGUGCCCCAUUCGAGGGCACGGAGACCGAUGACGUCGGCCGAGAUUAUGAGGCGGCAAAUGAGGGUGUCGGAGCAAAGUGAUAGUAGGCUACGUAAAACUCUCAUGAGAACUCUUGUUGGACAAAUGGGGAGAAGAGCAGAGACAAUAAUCUUACCAUUAGAGCUUUUACGCCAUCUUAAACCAUCCGAAUUCAACGAUUCUCACGAAUACCAUCAAUGGCAAAAACGUCAGUUCAGAAUCCUUGAAGCAGGCCUUCUCCUUUACCCUUCACUUCCAGUAGAAAAAUCAAACACAUCCGCUAAACGCUUCAGAGAGAUCAUAAGAUCAGCUGAAACGAAAGCCAUCGACACUGGCAAGAAUUCGGAGACAAUGAGAGCACUUUGUAAUUCAGUAGUGUCCUUAGCCUGGAGAACAAGUGAUGGUUCAGCAACUGAUAUUUGUCAUUGGGCUGAUGGAUUCCCUUUAAAUAUCCACAUUUAUACUGCUCUGUUAUCCUCUGUUUUCGACUUAAAAGACGAUACAAUGGUUCUUGAUGAAGUCGACGAGCUUCUUGAAUUGAUGAAAAAAACAUGGGUGAUUUUGGGUGUCAAUAAGUCAAUUCAUAACUUGUGUUUCACUUGGGUGUUAUUCGAGCAGUACAUCGUCACUGGCCAGGUUGAGCCUGAUCUUUUAGGCGCAGCGAUGAUCAUGUUGAGUACUGAAGUUGCUACUGAUGCUAAGAAAGUUGAUAUGGAGCCUUUUUAUGUUAAGAUGUUGGCAAAUGUGUUGAUAUCAAUGAGGGAAUGGUCGGAGAAAAGAUUGGUUAACUAUCAUGAUAGUUUCAAUAGGGGGAGUGCUGGAUUGUUGGAGAAUAAUCUUCCUUUAUUCUUCGCGGCCAUGAAGAUAUUAGAGGAAGAUGUUCCGGGAUAUACAUCUGAUGUUUUUGAGAAAAGGGAUGAACUCGCGGAGGAUGAUUCAGAUGGAAAUAAAGUUUGUUACUUUAUUCGUUCGUCCAUGAGGGAUGCAUUUGCUAAGAUAUUGGAAGAAAUGAGCAUAGAUGGUGCAAGUUUUGAAUUGGAAGAAGUGAGUCAGACACUAAUUAAGUUAGCCUAUGAAACUGAAGAAUUAGCAAAUAAGGAGAAGGAAACUUUCAGCCCUGUACUCAAGAAGUGGCAUCCUAUUGCAGCAGGAGUAGCAGCUGUGGCGUUACAUUCUUGCUAUGGAACUUUGUUGAAGCAAUAUCUCACGGGCGCGACUUUGCUCACAAAACAAACAGUUUCGGUAUUGCAGAAGGCUGGAAAACUCGAAAAAGUAUUAAUCCAAAUGGUAGUGGAGGAUUCGGAUGAAUGUGAGGAUGGAGGCAAAGCCACAUUGUCAGAGAUGAUUCCUUAUGAAACUGAUUCAAUCAUAAUGAAUCUUCUGAGAAAAUGGAUUCAAGAAAGGUUGAAGAAAGGAAAGGAGAUUAUAAUGAGGGCAAAAGAAACUGAAACAUGGAAUCCAAAAUCCAAAAGUGAGCCAUAUGCACAAUCAGCAGUUGAUCUAAUGAGACAUGCCAAGGAAGCUGUGGACAAUUUCUUUGAAAUCCCAAUGGCCAUGUCAGAGGACUUAGUAGAGGAUCUUGCUGUUGGCUUUGAGCAUCUGUUUAAGGAAUAUGUUACCUUUGCCACAUCAUGUGGGUCAAAGCAAAGCUACAUUCCUACACUUCCUCCUCUAACAAGAUGUAGCCAAGAUUCAAGGUUUUCCAAACUGUGGAAGUUUGCUGUUUGCAGUGUAGGAGCAGAUGAACAAAACCAUCAUAUAGCAGAUGAAGGCAAUCAUCCCCGCCUUUCAACGAGCCGAGGGACACAACGUCUAUAUAUAAGGCUAAACACUUUGCAUUACUUUCUUCUACAACUCCAUUCCCUUGAUAAAACUUUAUCAAUCUCCUCGAAAACUGUUCCUACUCCAAGAAGUCGUCACAGCAAGAAUAGACAGAUAGGGAGCUGCUCCUACUUUGAUCACACGCGUUCAGCCAUCCAAGUAGCUGUACAACAUGUAUCAGAAGUUGCUGCUUAUCGUCUCAUUUUCUUCGAUUCUCACUGUGUAUUCUAUGGUAACCUCUAUAUCAGGGACGUUGAGAGCACACGUAUACGACCAGCAUUAAGGGCACUCAAGCAAAACCUCACUCUUUUAUGCGCGAUCCUCACUGACAAGGCUCAGCCAUUGGCCUUAAAAGAAGUGAUGAAGGCUUCAUUUGAGGCCUACCUCAUGGUUCUACUAGCCGGAGGAAGCAAAAGACUCUUUUCGAGAGCUGAUCAUCAGAUAAUAGAAGAGGACUUUGAGAGCCUAAAGAGGGUGUUCUGUACUUGUGGUGAAGGAUUGGUAGUAGAGGAUGUUGUGGACACAGAAGCUGAGACGGUCGAGGGGGUGAUAGCUUUAAUGGGACAAUCAACUGAGCAAUUGGUUGAAGAUUUCAGCAUUGUGGCAUGUGAAGCUAGUGGAAUGGGAGUUGUGGGAUCAGGACAGAAACUACCUAUGCCUCCAACAACAGGAAGAUGGAAUAGAGCAGAUCCCAAUACAAUCUUGAGGGUAGUUUGUCAUAGAAAUGACAAAGUUGCUAAUCACUUCUUGAAGAAAACAUUCCAAUUAGCAAAAAGGAGGCCAUAUUAGAGAAAACAUGCCAACAAAUCA